AAUCCAGAAGUACUUUUGAACUGUACAGCGAGAGGAAACCCACCCUCACCAUUUUACAGGUGGAAGCAAAACGGCACAGAUAUUGAUCUUACCAUGAGUUAUCACUACAGGCUGGUUGGAGGCAGCUUGGUAAUCAAUAACCCACAUAAAAAACAGGAUAUUGGAACAUACCAGUGUUUGGUCACAAAUUCAUUUGGAACAAUUCUGAGCAGGAAAGCAAAACUUCAGUUUGCAUAUCUUGAAAGCUUUGAAACCAAAGCAAGAAGUAUCGUAUCUGUCAGAGAAGGACAAGGAGUCGUUCUGCUCUGUGGUCCUCCACCACACCAUGGAGAUUUAUCCUAUGCUUGGAUUUUCAAUGAUAAUCCCUUAUAUGUUCAGGAGGACAGUCGUCGCUUUGUAUCUCAAGAGACAGGAAAUCUAUACAUCGCCAAAGUGGAACCUUCGGAUGUGGGCAACUACACAUGUGUUGUAACAAAUACAGAAGCAAAACAAAGUGUGCAGGGCCCACCCACACCACUUGUGCUUCGUAGCGAUGGUGUGAUGGGGGAAUAUGAGCCAAAGAUUGAAGUGCGUUUUCCAGAAGCAACACAGGUGGCAAAAGGCUCAUCCAUUAAACUGGAAUGUUUUGCCCUUGGAAAUCCAGUUCCUAGUAUCAGUUGGAGAAGAACUGAUGGGAAUCCAUUGGCUCAGAAAAUCAACACAUCCACAGGAAUCCUUGAAAUUCCAGAUUUUCAGAAGGAAGAUGAAGCUACCUAUGAAUGUAUUGCAGGAAAUGUUAGAGGAAGAAAUGCUGCAAGAGGCCAGCUGUUUAUAUAUGCUCUCCCUGAAUGGGAUAAAAGGCUUGGGAAUGUCCAUGUCUCUCUUUAUGACACUUUGGUAUGGGAAUGUAAAGCAACUGGGAAACCAAUGCCAUCAUACCAGUGGCUUAAAAAUGGGCAGCUCCUAAUACCAGAGGAAAGAAUUCAAAUUGAGAAUGGAACCCUCACUAUAACUAUGCUGAACAUUUCGGAUUCUGGCCUAUAUCAGUGUGUUGCAGAAAACAAAUAUGGCUCAAUAUAUUCCAAUGCUGAGUUAAGAGUAAUUGCUUCUGCCCCUGAUUUUUCCAAAAACCCUAUGAAAAAGUUAUCUGUUGUCCAUAUGGAUGGUGAAAUCACGAUCAGAUGUAAACCAGAGGCCUCUCCUAAAGCGGCUAUUACUUGGAAAAAAGGUUCGGAGUCUCUAAAACAAAGCAAAAGAAUCUUCAUUUUAGAGGAUGGCAGUCUGAAAAUAUAUAAUGUUACCAAAUCAGAUGCAGGUGUAUAUACUUGCAUCGCAAUGAAUCAAUUUGGAGUUGCAAGGAACUCUGGAAACCUGAUUGUGAAAGAAAGAACUAUCAUUACCACUCCUCCUUCCAAUAUGGAUGUUACAGUGGGAGAAAGCAUAGUCCUGCCUUGUCAGGUAUCCAAAGAUCCAUCCAUUGAGGUUGUGUUCAUAUGGUCAUUCAAUGGAGACGUUAUAGAUUUUAAAAGAAAAAUGACACAUUUUGAAAGAGCUGGAGGAGAAUCCAUAGGGGACCUUAUGAUAAGAAACAUUCAGCUAAACCAUUCUGGCAAAUACACAUGCACAGUGCAAACAGCUAUGGACAUCCUCUCUGAAACAGCAGAAAUAAUUGUAAGGGGCACUCCAGGCCCACCCAAAGAUGUUAGCAUUGAACAUGUCUCAAGUACAACUGCAGUGCUAAACUGGAGACCUGGAACAGAUAACAACAGUCCUAUUCAGAUCUACACAAUUCAGACAAGGACUCCUUUUUCAGUUGGAUGGCAGGCAGUUUCUACAGUUCCCGAAGUUAUUAAUGGAAGGACUCACACAGCAACAGUGGUUGAUCUAAAUCCUUGGGUUGAAUACGAAUUCCGAGUUGUGGCUGGCAAUGGUGUUGGAAUUGGGGAGCCAAGUACACCAUCUGAGCUACUAAGAACUAAAGCAUCUAUUCCCACAGUGGCGCCAGCAAAUGUGAGUGGAGGUGGUGGAAGUCGGUCUGAACUCAUCAUCACAUGGGAGUCAAUUCCUGAGGAACUACAAAAUGGGGAAGGUUUUGGAUACAUCAUUAUGUUCCGGCCCCUUGGCUCAGCAAGCUGGACAAAAGCUGUUGCUUCCUCAGUAGAAGCAUCCAAAUAUAUCUACAGGAAUGAAAGCAUCACACCAUUAUUCCCUUUUGAAGUAAAAGUGGGAGUCUUCAAUCACGAAGGAGUAGGCACUCUGAGCCCAAUAUAUAUUGUCUACUCUGGAGAAGAUGAGCCACAGAUAGCACCAACUGGAACUUCUGUACAAAGUAUCUCUGCAUCUGAAAUGGAAGUUUCUUGGAAUCCAGUUGCAUGGAACAGACACACAGGACGAGUUCUUGGCUAUGAGGUUUUAUACUGGACAGAUGAUUCAAGAGACUCUACAACCAGCAAAGUCAGAGUCACGGGUAACAUCACAGCAAAAAACAUUACCAAUCUCAAAGCCAAUACAAUGUAUUUCGCCUCAGUGAGGGCUUUCAACACAGCUGGGAGUGGACCAUCCAGUGUUCCAGUUAAUGUUACUACCAAAAAAUCACCACCAAGCCAACGCCCAGCAAACAUUGCCUGGAAAUUGAUAAAUUCAAAGAUAUGUUUAAACUGGGAGCAUGUGAAAACAAUGGAAAAUGAAUCUGAGGUCCUAGGCUACAAAAUUUUGUAUAGGCAAAAUCGACAAAGCACCACCCAUAUACUGGAGACAAACAAUACAUCUGCUGAAUUGUUGGUACCUUUUGAAGAAGAUUACCUUAUUGAAAUAAGAACCAUGAGUGAUGGAGGGGAAGGUAGCAGCAGUGACGAAAUUAGGAUUCCAACCAUGUCAAGUUUAAGCUCCAGAGGAACACAGAUCUGCUGCUCUGUAGUUUACAUAAUGAUAACUAAGAUUGUAAGUCUGGUUUAUAUUGUUGAUUCCUCAGUAUUUUUGUUGAAUGAAUCCAACAUGCCAUCAUUCUGAAGGCAAAGCAGAGGUUAAUCCAUCCCUCUUUGAUAAGCCCGUUGCAUCUGUCAUACUUGAAAUUGGUACUUAUUGGGAAAUAUGAGCCGUCUUUUAAAAUGUAAAUAUGAUUCAGGCUACAAUCCUAUACCCAGUUUCCUCAGAGUAAGUGCUGUGGAAUUUAAUUGGAAUUUGUUUUGAGAAGAUGUGUUUAGGAAUGCACUGAAACAGGAUAAAAUGGCAGAAAUAUAUGUGGGUAUAUGGUCAAUCCAGGUUAAAGAGAUCUGAGCAAAAGUGAUUAUAAAAUAAGGAAACUAGUUCUCAUUUCAGUGAUCUAUUGUGAAAACCCAAUUUUUCUGUAUGCAUUAAAAACAUCCAAUAUUUUAAUAACAACAACAAACUUUGACCAAUACAAAAAAGGCUUGCAGCUGUAUGUGAUGUAUAACAUUAUCGGAUUCAUGUUUCUCAC